AUGAAGGACCUGAUCAGACAGGCAGGUCUUGUCACUAGUCUCUGUGAGGUACUGGACAUGGGUGCACUUGUGCUGCCAGCUAUCUGGGAGAUAUACAAGGCAGUUCCUAACUGGAUCACUGAGAGAUACCAAAUCACACAGCCUCAUCUCAUGACUGAAGACAUUUUCCAUGACUUCAAGAGAGCUUUGAAAACUACUCCUGCAGCCAGCCUAGACACUGCAGAGAGGGAGUUACUGAAGUCCAUUCAGUAUGCUCAUGAGAAGUUCAUUAAGAUGUCUAAGAGCUCCAGUUCUCAAGCUGCUCAAAUUCCAGAGCCUGUGCCAGUCCAAGUAAAUGCUAUUUCUCCUGAGAAAGCUGUCAACUUUGUCAUAGCCAUUCUCCAGGAUGCACUGAGAUCACAAGAGUCCAUAGACAGCCAGAAUGAACAUAAACCAUUCCAAUUGAUACAUGAUGACUCUGACAACUUCCUAGCCUUGAGGGAGCAGGGUGCAUCCAGGAAGAGGUUGAUGGACUCUCCUAAGAACCCAUUUGAUGAUGCAAACAUUGUCACAGAUGCUGGUCUAUUCAGUGCUUUCUAUUUCAGGUUGCGUGCAUUCAGAAGUCCUGCUCUUCUGCAUACUCCAAAGGAACAUCUGAAAACCAUGUUCAAAGGCCCACAGGAGUUGAGAGACUAUGAGCAAGGACUUAAGGAUCUCCUGCACAAGAGCCCCAAUUUGUUUGGCAAUCUAAGUGACAUUGAGAAGAAAAAUUUCCUCAUGCACCAUGCCACCUAUGGACAAGUGAAUAAGCUGGAUGAUGGAUGGGAAGAUGAGCUGUGGGAAGCUGUUAGGCUCACAAAUUGGGAAACUCUGAUGGCCAAAAAACCAGUGGAUUUCCAAGAGAUCUACAAGAAAUGGCUUAAGAAGUCCAGGAAGUCCAGUAGUGAAAAUGAGCCCAGUCAACAUCUACAGAAGAUGGGCAAAUUAACACUGUAUCUCCUCUGUGCAGACCUCUCUUAUACUUGUGCUGUGAAAAAGCCUAGUACUGCAGAGGUGGGAGACAUGAUUGCAAGGAUAGACUCAGGAGCUGUGGCUGGACUGAAGACCUUGGGGCUUGUACCUGCACAGGGACUCAUUGGUCAGAUGCUGAGAGACAAAGUCAGGGAGCAGUUUGGCUGGCUCUUUCAUGAGAUAACUGCCAAAGUUUCCCAAGAGGAACUUGAGAAGAUGCAAUUUGAUGAGAUUGUCUUGGAACACACUCUCUGCAAAGUUGGGAGGUUCUUGAAAAAGGGCGCAUAUGGUGAAUGGGGUAUCAGCAUAGUUGAGAAGAAGAAGAAGACUAAGAAGACCAAGAAGACCAAGAAGAGAGGGCUUGAAGAGGCUGAGGAGGGAUCUGAUGGGGAGGAGAGACCUAGCACUAAAAAGAGUAGGACUGCAAGUGACAAGAGCAAGGGUAAAGGGAAAGCAGUAGCUAGAUGA